UUGCUCCAUCAGUUAUUCCUAUUGACAACUCUUUACCAGCAGGUUCUGUAUUAAAUGAGUCUCAUGCUCCUGUUAUACUGAAAGCUAUCAAUAGCAUAGUCAAUGAAUGGGAGACAUUAGGACUAUAUCUUGGAAUUGAAAAUAAAGAAUUGAAGCUAAUUCAUUCAAAGAGUUUCUAUCAAAUAGAUGUAUCCCGUAAAGACAUGAUAGUUCACUGGUUAAAAACUGGUACUGCUACGAGGAAAAAGCUGAUAAAAGCACUCCAGGAAUUGGGAAGAAACGAUGUUGCUGCUGAAAUAAAGCGUCUGCCUACAUGUAAACAAUAACAGUAAAAAUGAUUUUCUUAUUCCUCUGUUUUCUCAUACAUACACUUUCUUCUCUUCCUCUUU